AGACUCACCGUCCGCGCAGCCUCCACAAAGCAGUCGUAAGCUCCGCCCUCUGAGCUCAGGACGGCGCGAAAACCCAAUUGACAAGAACUCCCUCCGAAGCCCCGCGGUCCAGUCUGUGUUCUGUCUGCUAUCCCCGCCCAGGCCCUAGUCCGGAGCCCUCAGCCUGGAGCUCCUGCUUGGGGACCCUGUAUUCGCCGGCUACCUCCCAGGUGCCUCGCUGCCCGCGCUUUCUCACUGCCUCUUUCCGCGUUUGGCUUUUCGGUGCUGGGCCCAGCGUCCCUUCUCACUUGGCGCGGGUUAACGCGGGGGAGCCUAAGCCCUAGCCUGUGGCCUCCUGCAAGGAGCGGGCCGCCUCAAUGGCCUUCAUACUGGCUGUGCUGGACCUCUCACGGUCCUAGGAGCUGCGAUUCUGGGAAGCAGUGAGCAUGGUGGGGAUCCUGGCCAUGGCGGCUGCUCCCCCUCCCGUGAAAGACUAUGAGAUUGAGCCAUGCAAAAAACGAAGGAAAGAUGACGACAGACCUUCCUGUAAAACAAUUACAAAAUAUUUAUCACCAAUAGAGAAGACUGGAGACAGGGUUUUUUCUCCACCAAAAUCCAGUAAUAUUUUGGAUUAUUUUAGAAAGACUUCCCCCACAAAUGAGAAGGUACCAUCAGUGAAAGAGGGCAAGAUAAAGUCUUCUGCACUGUAUCCUGCUAAUAGUACCAGUGACUGUAAGAAACCUUUGGGAUGGUUCUCAAGUACAGAGAUUAAGAAGAAGGGAAAGAGGGUUAAUUUAUCUCAUCAACUAAAUAAUAUUAAAACUGAGAAUGAAUCUCCAAUUGAAAUUAAUAGUGAUGAUAGCGAAGAUGACUCUAGUUUAAAUAAUGAUGUUGUGGAAAGUAGUAUUUCUGUUUUACAUUACAAAAAACGUAUAGAGGUUCAUGCAGAAAAUAUCCAAGAUACCAAAAAACAGUCACAUAUGAUGACCUCCCAAAAAAAUUCCAAGAAAGUAAGUCCUCCAGAAGGUACUGCAGAAAAUGAUUACAGAAAGUCCAGAAAAAGGAAACAGAGGGAUAUAAUAGCCCUCACUGAAUGUUUACCCCUGGCAGAAGAACUAAAUCUGCUUAAAAAAGAUAGUAACAAGAGUAAACAGAGAAGCUCUUCCCUAACUGAUGAAUUCAAGAAUACUACAAAUGAUACAAACUUUAGUGAUCAUGUAACUGAAACAGCCCAUUUAAAUGAUGGUACAAUAACUAUUUCAUAUGAAGAGUUUUUAAAAAGUCACAAGGAAAAUAAAGUGGAACAAAUACCAGACUCUACAAUGUCAAUUUGUGUUCCUUCACAAAAUAUUGAAGAAAUAGUCAAAAGUCGUUAUAUAAAUGAAUCAGAAAGCUGUGAAAUAUCACAGGCACAUUUGAAGACAGUCACAGUUCUUGCACAAGUUCACCCCAUCCCCCCAAAAAAGGCAGGGAAAAUAGCCUCAAUUUUCUUGAAGCAAAAGCAUUUUGAGCUGGAAAGUAGCCUGUCUGAUCCUGAAAAUGAACAGACAACUCAGAAAAGAAAAUCUAAUGUUGUUAUAGAAGAGGAAGAAUUAGAAUUGGCAGUGUUGGAAGCUGGAAGUUCUGAGGCUGUGAAACCAAAAUGUACCCUAGAAGAAAGACAGCAGUUUAUGAAAGCAUUUAGGCAGCCUGCAGCAGAUGUACUUAAGAAUGCAGUAAAAAAGCCUUUGGAUAAGCAGAAAGACCACAAUGAAAAAUCUUUAAAUGAGGAAGGAAGUGAUAAUAAUUCUAGAAAAAUCAUGGGAAAUCCUGAUAUCCAAAUGGUUUCAAAUAAUGGCAGCUCACAAUCAUACACUGAUAAAGAAAGUUUUUCUAAGAAGAAAAGUAAAAAAGUGAAGAAAAGGGGUAAGAAAACAUUAGGUACGGGUACUUUUCCAGGUGAGACCAAAGAGGAAAAUACUCAAAACCAAAAAAAACCUCUUUCUUUAAAAGAUAAACAAAAUCCAAAUAGGCUUAGAAUGUGUUUAAGGCAAAAGAAUUCAAAAAUUUUCAAAAGCAGUACAUUACUUAGCAGUGAAAGUUUUUGUGAAGCAAAUGAUGAACCUUUAAAAAUUUCUUCUCUGUGUAACAAUAAACCAUUAAGAAAAACCAGCAUGUCAUUUAAAGGUGAUAAUUGUAUGCACUCUAAAGCUGAGCCUGCAGACAGAUUGGUAAGUGUUUCCACUCCCAAAUCAACCAGAAGAUCUGCGAGAUGUAGCAGCACACCUACUGCAGUGUCCUUUCAAGGUACCGAUUCUGAAGAUGUACAGGACAAUAGUCCAGUCAAGGCUUCCACUCCCAUUGUAUCAGAAAAACAUGGCCUGUACACGGCAGAAUUGAUAACAGUACCCUUCGAUUCAGAGAGCCCUAUUAGAAUGAAAUUUACCAGAAUUAGCACUCCCAAAAAAUCUAAGAAAAGAUCUAAGAAGUCUAAAGCAACUGAUGGAGACUUUACUUCUCAGACCAGAAAGGCCAACAAUACUUCAAAAAAUAUUUCAAAAGCCAAGCAACUGAUUGAGAAAGCAAAAGCCUUACACAUCAGUAGGUCAAAGGCUAAUGAAGAAAUAGCCUUACCUUUAAGGCGUUCCUCUAGGCAUCAGGCUCUUCGAGAAAGGGAGAAAUCUUCAGAAGCGGAUGACUCUGUAAUAAUAAUAGACUCAAGUCCUACUUCUUUUAAAAAUUCAGAGAAGAAUCAGAAGAAACUACAGUGUUUGAAUGAUGUGCUGGGAAAAAAACUUAAGGAGUCUCCAAAAAAAAUACCUGGAAAAAUGAAAGUUGCUCCUUUAUUUCUUGCCAAAAAGACUCAGAAAACAGCUGAUCCUAUCCUUGUUUUUGAUGAGAACAGUCAAGAUACAUCUGAAAAAUCUCAGGAUUGUGAUGUACAAUUUAAAGCAAAGCGUGAUUUUCUAAUGAGUGGUUUGCCAGAUUUGUUGAAACGACAAAUUGCAAAGAAAGCUGCUGCACUGGAUAUGUAUAACACAGUGGGUACCAGUUUCCAGGCAGUUGUUCAUAUACAGCAAAAGGAUGAUGGCUGUUUGUUAUGGCAUUUAAAACUACCCUCUUGUCCCCUUUUAACUAAAUUUAAAGAGCAGGAUACAAAAGUAACAGAUAUUUCCAAACAUGUUAUUGCUCUUGGUGAAUUCUCAACAUUGGAUUCAAAUUUGAACAGUGGUUCUGAUGUCAUGCGUAUGAGGACAAGGAAUGAUUUUGCUAAAGAAGUAAGAAACAUUUUGUUGGAGGAAAUUGGGUGGUCAAAUCCUGAAUUUUCUUUGGGAAAAUACUUUCCUUUGCUUAUAAAAAAACGAGUUGAAUACCAGGUACUUUCUGAGUAUCAUGGUAAACAAGAAAGUUCACAACUAGAGCCUGAUAUCACACAAAAAGGAACAAAAAGGAAACGAAUGAAGACAGAAAUUCUGAAGUCAAAAAGAAAGAAACUAAAUGAAUAUUCAGUAAAUCCAGAAAAGAUAUAUGAGAAGCCAGAAGAACUUGACAAAAGCAACAAUUCUUCUGGUAAAAAGCUAGAUUCUUCUAAAGGUAUAUUUUGUAAAACAUCCCAGAAGAAACAAACUGCUUUAAGUACAACGUGUAGAGUGAAAACCGAAGCAGUGGAUAAUGGUACUCUGAUAAGAGAUGAUGACAAAGAGCCUGCAGCAGAAACAUCUUCCAUUCCUGAUUCUGGAACUGAAGACAUGCUUUGGACAGAAAAGUACCAACCUCAGAAUGCCAUUGAACUCAUAGGCAAUGAGUUAGCUAUAAAAAAGUUACAUAGCUGGUUGAAAGACUGGAAAAGAAGAGCAGAACUGGAAGAAAGACAGAACUUGAAGGGAAAAAGAGAUGAGAAACAGGAAGAUUUUUCAGAUAGGAUAGACUUUCAAGGCAGCUCAGAUGAAGAGAGCCGUCUCUGCAACACUGUUCUUAUAACAGGGCCAACAGGAGUGGGUAAAACUGCCACAGUGUAUGCUUGUGCUCAGGAGCUUGGAUUCAAGAUAUUUGAGGUGAAUGCCUCCUCCCAGCGCAGUGGUAGACAAAUUCUAUCUCAACUGAAAGAAGCUACCCAGUCUCAUCAAGUAGACAAACAAGGAGUAAAUGCACAAAAGCCCUGUUUUUUUAAUAACUACAGCAUAAGCAAGUCACCAAAAAAAUUAAACUCCCCUAAGAAAGUUGUUGCAUCACCUCGGAAACUUCCUCCAUCUUCACCCAAGUGUAGCGGGCAGAAGAGAGCACUUCCCCCAAAAACUUUGGCAAAUUACUUUAAAGUAUCUUCCAAACCCCAAAAUAAUAAAGAAACAGAAGCACUUCUUGAAAAUGAUAAAGGAAUUAAAAAUUCUUUGGAACACAAGCAAAUUACUCAGAGUAAAUCUACAAAUGCAUUGAAUUCAAAUGUCAAAGAAUUCGGACCUGAGGAACCCAACAGGAAAAGUGCGACAUCUCUCAUUCUUUUUGAGGAGGUUGAUGUCAUUUUUGAUGAAGAUGCUGGAUUUUUGAAUGCAAUCAAAACAUUUAUGGCAACAACUAAACGACCUGUAAUCCUUACUACAAGUGAUCCAACAUUUAGUUUAAUGUUUGAUGGCAGCUUUGAAGAAAUCAAUUUCAGUACUCCUUCACUGCUAAAUGUUGCCAGCUACCUACAAACAAUCUGCUUAACUGAAAAUUUCAGAACUGAUGUAAGAGACUUUGUAACCUUGUUAAGUGCAAAUGCAUGUGAUAUCAGAAGAAGUAUCCUUUUCUUACAAUUUUGGAUUAGAAGUGGAGGUGGAUUUUUAGAAGAAAGGCCAUUAUCUCAUCCUGGAGCAAGUAUCCGAAAUGUACUAGUUUGCACUGAAGAUUGCCAAGAUUCUAAAAAUAACACUAAAAAUACUAAAAAGAAUCGGAAAGUCCUUCCCAAAUGUGACACUGGCUGUGCUGAGACCUUCUUUGGACUCAAGAACAUUUUUUCCCCAUCUGAAGACUUAUUUUCAUUUUUAAAGCAUAAAAUCACAACAAAAGCCGAAUGGCAUAAACUCAUCCAGCUUCUUACAGAAUUCCACAUGCAGAAUAUAGAUUUUUUAUAUAGUAAUCUUGAGUUCAUCCUACCAUUACCGGUUGAUACCAUUCCAGAAACAAAAAGCCUUCGUGGCUCAUCUGUAACUGUGGACGCCAGCGCAGUAACAAGAAGUAUGAGAUGUUCUGUCAGGAAAUGUUCCGAAGGAGAGCAGCCGAUGAAAAAGUCACAGAAAAAGAAACAUAAGAGAAAGAUGGUGAUACUAGAUGAUAGUGACUUAUUUGACACCAGCUUGGACUUUUCUGAUGAAUUUAUUAACCUAUCCCUGGUGUCUUCCUCAAAUUUAGAAGAAAACAAAGCCAGAGACAAACGAAACAAUGCAGAGACAAAGAAUCUAAACCAAUGUUCAGAGUCUGAUAUUGAAUCUGUUCCUUGUCCUCCUAGAACACCAGCAGAAAAACAAUGUUCUGUCCUUGUUUCUCAUUGUUUAAAUUCUCUCACUGAGUUCAUGGAUAACAUGUCCUUCUUAGAUGCCUUCUUAACUGAUGUAAGGGAUCAGAAGGAACUUGGUAAAAAUGACUUCUGUUGGACAAGUGGAAAGGUUAAAAGUGGCCUGUGUGAUGAGUUUAGUCUGGAGAGUGGUGAUGGAUGGACUUCUCAAGGCUCUGCGGAACUGAAGGCAGCUGUACAAGCGCUCAGCUUUACUAAGUGUUCUUCUACUAUUUCAAAAGCAUUGGAAUCCUCCUUGAAUUCUUGCAAGAAAUUAGGAAGAGAUCCAACCAACGAGCUUACAUUUUAUGUUUCACAAAAGCAUAAUAAUGUAUGCUUUAGCCAAUCAGCAGCUAAUUUGGACAAUGCUUGGAAGAGGAUAGCAGUCAUUAAAAGUGUAUUUUCUAGUCGAUCUCUACUAAAUGUGGGUAACAGACAAGCCAGUAUAACUGAGUACCUGCCAUUUCUUCGAAACAUUUGCAGGACUGAGAAGCUAAAAGAACAAGAAAAAUGUAAAAGAAGGUUCCUGCACUAUUUUGAAGGAAUUCAUCUUGACAUUCCAAAAGAGACUGUGAAUAGUUUGGCAGCUGACUUCCCUUAAUAUUGUGCAUUAAUAAUGCUGUUUACAAAUUAUGUGGUGCUUAAGAUACAUUGUUCUAUAAUAUUGAUUUUCAUGGAAGUGUUCAUUUUUCUUCAUGUACAUUUAAAACAGACUAUUUGUAUUUUUUAUUGCUGUGCAGAUAUUUAAAAUGAAAAAUUGAAUUACAAUUGUAUUUAUGAUCAUAGUAUUCCUGAAUUUUUUAUAUUAUCUAAUUUUGCUUUGUUGAUAUAUUUUCGGCAAAUCAAUGAGCUGUUGUUUCUAGAAGGUAGAGUUCACUAAGGUAUUUCUAAAAAUACAAUGCUAAUCUAAUGCUAUAUUUUCCCCUUUCCUAUUACCCUUAACCCACCCCUCUCUAAAUAUCAGUUCUCUGAAUUACAUACACAUGCAGUGCUUAAGAAAACUUCCUAGGAGCUGGGUGUGGUGGCGCACACCUGCAGUCCCAACAUUUGGGAGACUAAGGCAGG